AUGACAUUUAAUAAUAUUAAAGAUGAAAAUAAUGAUGAUAUUGCCAUUAUUGGUAUGGGUUUCCGUUUUCCAGGUGGUGGAAAUAAUCCGUAUCAAUUUUGGAAUCAAUUAUCAAACAAAAUGGAUGGUAUUUCAAAGAUUCCUACAGAAAAGUGGUCAAGAUCUUUUUAUGAACAAAAAUAUAUAAAUAACGAAUAUGGUGGUGUCUUAAAAGAUGAAGAAUGGAAAAAUUUUGAUCCAUUAUUUUUUGGUAUUUCACCAAAAGAAGCACCAAUUAUUGAUCCACAACAACGUCUUUUAAUGACAACACUUUGGGAAGCAUUUGAAGAUGCAAAUAUUAAACCAUCAACAUUUCGUGGAUCAGAUACAGCAGUAUUUAUUGGUAUGAUGAAUACUGAUUAUCAAAGAUGUCAAUUCAGAGAUAUAUCAUAUGUGAAUCCUUAUAUAACUCCUGGUACUGCAGGAUCAUUUAUAUCAAAUCGUUUAAGUUUUAGUUUUGAUUUACGUGGCCCAUCAAUGACACUUGAUACAGCAUGUUCAUCAUCAUUGAACGCAGUUUAUCUUGGUUGCCAAGCCAUUGCAAAUGGUGAUAGUAAGAUGGCAAUUGUUGGUGGUGUCAAUGGUAUUUUCGAUCCAUGUUUUUCAAUGACAUUCUCUGGAUUAAAUAUGUUAGGACAUAAAGGUCAAUGUAGAUCAUUCGAUGCUGGUGCUGAUGGUUACAUUCGUAGUGAAGGUGGUGGUGUUUGUAUCCUAAAGAAAUAUUCAGAUGCAAUUAAAGAUGGUGACCGUAUUUAUUGUGUUAUCAAAGGUGGUAGUUCAAAUGUUGAUGGAUACAAUGCAAAGACCAAUAUCAUUCAACCAUCAAUGAAGGCUCAAGGUGAAAACAUUGAAAUUGCUUUAAAGAAAUCUGGUGUAAACCCAUCAGAUAUCUAUUAUAUAGAAGCUCAUGGUACUGGUACACCAGUUGGUGAUCCGAUUGAAAUUGAAGCAAUAUCAAGAAUAUUCAAAGAUAAUCAUACACCCGAUGCUCCAUUGUACAUUGGUUCAGUUAAAAGCAACAUUGGUCAUCUUGAAAGUGCUGCCGGUAUUGCAUCAUUAAUCAAAGUUGCACUCUCUUUAAAAAAUCGUUCAUUAGUUCCAAAUAUUCAUUUUGAAAAACCAAAUCCAUUAAUCAAAUUCGAAGAUUGGAAUAUUCGUGUAGUCACUGAUGAAAUCCAGUUCCCAAUCAAUAAAUUAAUUAAUAUGGGUAUUAAUUGUUUUGGUCUAUCUGGUUCAAAUUGUCAUAUGAUUCUAAGUGAAGCACCAAUUAAUUAUGAUGAAUUAUUGAAAACAACAAAUAAUAACUCUACAUCCUCUUCUUCAAAUGAUGAUAAAAAAGAAUAUUUAAUACCAUUUUCAGCAAAUUGUAAUAUUUCAUUAGAUAAAUAUAUAGAGAAAUUAAUUUCAAACCAAUCUAUUUAUAAAGAUACAAUAUUAUUUAAAGAUUUUGUAAAACAUCAAACAAUUUCAAAAUCAAAUUUAAUAAAGAGAAAAGUUAUAACAGCUUCCGAUUGGGAUGACUUUUUAAAUAAAAGAAAUGAAACUACAUCAACUUCAUCAUUGACUUCAACAAUUUCAGCACCAGCUUCAUCAACUCCAGUCAUUUAUGUUUUCACUGGUCAAGGCCCACAAUGGAGAGAUAUGGGUAAAGCAUUAUAUGAAACUGAAUCAGUAUUUAAAGAUGCCAUUGAUCAUUGUGAUAAAUUACUUGCUAAUUAUUUUGGAUAUUCUAUACUCCAAAAGUUACUUUCAUUAGAAAGUGAAGAUUCACCAGAAAUUCAUCAUCCAAUUUUAGCACAACCAAGUAUUUUCUUAAUUCAAGUUGGUUUAGUCGCACUUUAUAAAUCAUUUGGUAUUUCACCAUCAAUUGUAGUUGGUCAUAGUUUUGGUGAAAUUCCAUCCGCUUUAUUCUCUGAUGUCAUCAGUUUAGAAACUGCUGUUAAAAUCGUUUACUAUAGAGGCUUAGCUCAAAAUUUAACAAUGGGAACUGGUAGAUUAUUAUCAAUUGGUAUCGGUGCUGAUGCUUAUCUUGAAAAAUGUGCUUUAUUAUAUCCAGAAAUUGAAAUAGCUUGUUAUAAUGAUCCAAAUUCAAUUGUUAUUACUGGUUCUGAACAAGAUUUGCUAGGUGCUAAAUCGACACUAUCAGCUGAAGGUGUUUUUUGUGCUUUCUUAGGUACACCAUGUUCUUUCCACUCAUCAAAACAAGAAAUGAUUAAAGAAAAGAUAUUCAAAGAUUUAUCAGAUUUACCAGAAUCAAAUGUACCAUGUGUACCAUUCUUUUCAACAAUUACUGGUUCACAAUUAUCUCAUAAAGGUUUCUACAAUGUUCAAUACAUUUAUGAUAAUUUACGUAUGCCUGUUGAAUUCACCAAAGCCAUUUCAAACAUUUUCAAUUUCAUUGAAGAAAAUGAAUCAUACAAGAAUGCAAUCUUUUUAGAGAUUGGUCCUCAUCCAACUUUAGGUUUUUACAUUCCAAAAUGUAAACCAUCAAAUUCAACAAUAACUUCAAAACCAAUUAUAGUAUCACCAUUACAUAAAAAGAAAGAAGAAUUAACACAAUUUAAAUUAGCAAUUUCAACUCUAUAUUGUAAUGGUGUUGAAAUUGAUUUUGCAAGUGGUCAACAAUUAUUACCAACUUCUUCUUCAUCCGGAGGUGGCGAUAUAUCAUCAUUUAAAGAAUCAACAAAUAAAUUACCAAGAUACCAAUGGGAUUUUGAGGAAUAUUGGGAUGAACCAAACCAAAGUAAAAUGGUAAAACGUGGUCCAUCAAAUAAUUUAUUAGGUCAUGAUCAAUUUGCAGGUAAUACUUUAAUGGAAUUAUUUAUUGAUAUUGAUAAAUCUGCUCAUCAAUAUCUAAAAGGUCAUAAAAUUAAAGGUAAAUAUCUUUUCCCGGGUUCUGGUUAUAUUGAUAAUAUUCUUCGUCAAUUCAAUGGUCAAGAUAUUACCAUUUUCAAUUUAGAAUUUUCAAAUCCAUUCUUUUUGAAAGAUGGUGUUCAACAUCAUUUACAAACUUCAAUUACACCAACUACCAAGGGUGAAUUUAAAGUUGAAUUCUUUAUAAAGGAUAAUAGAAACUCAACUAAAUGGACUAAAACUUCAAAUGGUCGUAUUGGAUUAUUCAAACAUAAUCCAAAGAAUAAUAAAUUGGAUAUUGAAAAACUUAAAAGUCAAUGUUCAUUUACCACCCUUACAAAGUCUGAAGUUUACAAUAAGCUAUUGUUAUUAAGUUUACCAUAUGGUCCAACUUUCCAAAGAGUUGAAUCAUGUUCAAUUGGUGAUGGAUGUUCAUUCUUUAAACUUUCAAUGUCACCUUGUUCAGAGUUUGACAAAGAUUUCUUAAAUCCUUCAAUUAUUGAUUGUGCAUUCCAUGGUUUAUUAGUACUCAGUGAAGGUCCACAAGAGAUUGUUUUCGAUCGUUUACAAGAUAUGAAAUUCUAUUCUUCAAAUGUACCUUCAACAAGACCUCAAUUCAUUUAUGCCUUUGCUAAAUUCGAUAAAAUUGAAGGUAAUUCUACUCAUGGUUCUCUUAAUAUCAUAUUAGAAGAUGGUACAUUAUUAAUUUCAAUUAAAAAUGUUAAAUGUACAUCAUUAAUACGUUUAAAGAAACAAUCAAUUAAAUAUCCUUCACAAAAUGUUUAUUCACACCAUUGGCAAUCAAAAGAUUCACCAUUAACUUUAAUUGAAAAUCAAUUAAUUGAAGAGAAAUCAUCAGAAUCUAAAAUUAAUUUUGAAAAAUUAUUAAAUGAUAAAUUAUUUAAUUAUUAUUUAAUUAGAUUAUUAAACCAAUCAAUAAAAUCUGAAUUUAUAGAAUUCGAUUAUAAAACUUCAACAGUAGAUACUUUAGAUAUUGGUUCAAAAAAUGCAAAACUAUUAGAAAAGAUUCAAUCAAUUUUAAACCCAAUAGACUCAUUAGAUCAAUCAAUUGAUAUAACUAGUUUAAAACAAGCAAUUAUUGUAAAAUCAUCAUUUAAAAAUGAAAUUAAAUUAGUUGAAAAAUCAAUCAAACGUAUUGUUUCAUUAUUAAAAGGUGGUGAAAGUGAACAUUUUUCACCAAGUAACCCAAGUUCACCAAAUGAUACACCAAGAAAUAAUUCAAACAAUUGUUCUUCAAAGAAUAAUGCUGCCUCUUCUGACGAUGCUGAUGAUGAUACUAAUAAUGAAGAAACAAUUAAUCAAUUAAAUAAUGAACCAUUUAAUUUCUCAAAUUCUCAAUUCAUUUCAAAUCAAAAUCAAUUAAUUUCAAAAACAAUUGUAAAUUCAUUUGAUAGAUUAAUUAAUUCAAUUGAAAUUGGCGAAAAGAAAUUAAUUAAAAUAAUUGAUUUAUCAAGUAUCUAUCAAAAUUAUCAACUUUCAAAAUUAUUAUUAUUACAAUUAAAUCAAUUACUAAUUAAUUUAUCAAAUAAUAAUAAUAUUGAAAUUGAAUAUACAAUUCCAUCAAAUACCAAAAAUAUUGAUUCAAUUACAGAAGAAACUAAAUCGAUUUCAAAUGUAUUAAAUAUUAAAUAUCGUAGUUUUGAUUUACAAGAUGAUUUAGAGAGUAAUGGUUAUUUAAAUUCAAAUUAUGAUUUAAUUAUAACUUCUUUAUUAUUAGUUUCAACAAACUCAAUUGAUUCAAAUGAAGUUUUAUCAAAACUUUAUAAAUUAUUAUUACCAAAAGGUCAAUUAAUUUUAAUGGAACCACCAAAGGGUGUAUUAUCAUUCAAUCUUUUAUUUGCAAAUGAUUUCAAACAAUCAUUAGAAAUUAAAAGUGAACAAGAAAUUAAAUCAUUAAUUAUAUAUUGUGGUUUCACUAAAAUUGAAACAAAUCUUAAUACUAAAGAUGAUGAAGAACAACAACAACCACCUCCUCCAUCAAUUUUAAUAGUUCAAGCUGAAAAGAGAGAUAUUGAAUCAAUGUCAUUAACUUUCUCAUCUGAUCCAAAAUCAUUAAAUUCAUCAUAUAGUAAUUGUAUAUUCAUAGUUUCAAAAGAACAAAAAGAAAAUCCAACUUCAUAUAUUCAAGAAUAUUUUGAUAUUACUGAAUUUUUCUGUCAAAAUGCAACAAUUAUUGAAGCUGAUGAUAGUGAAUUAUUAACAAAGACAAUUGAAUCAGGUGUUGGUAAAAAUGAUAUUAUUUUCUUUUUAGUUUCACUUGAAGAAUUAACAAUUGAAAAUUAUAAACAAGUUACAAUGCAAUAUACAUUAGUUAAUCAAAUACUUUUAAGAAAUAAUCUUUCAACUAGAUUUGCUUUAUUAACUUACGAUUCUCAAAAUGGUGGUAAAAAUUAUUUAGGAUCAUCAUUAAUUGGUACUUUUAGAUACUUUUUAGAAUUUCGGUCAUUGAAUAUCUUUUCAAUUGAUGUAGAUAAAGAUUCAAUUGAUAAUCUUACAUUAUUCUUACGUUUAGUUGAUCUAUCUACAAUUGGUGAUAGAGAAACUAUUGUUAGAAAUAAUAAAAUUUUUGUUCAAAAGAUUUUCAAAGAGCCAAAAUUGUUAUCACCAUCAAAUAAUUAUGAAAAGAAUACAAAUAAUUUAUUCUUGUAUUCAAAUAGUAAUUUAGAUUUUUCAUUCCAAAGCAAAGAGAAAUUACUGCAUGGUUGCGUCGAAAUUAAAGUUAUGUCAACUGGUAUCAAUUAUAAAGAUAGUCUUUUCUAUAGAGGUUUAUUACCACAAGAAGUCUUUUCAAAAGGUGAUAUUUAUUCUCCACCAUUCGGUUUAGAAUGUGCUGGUUAUAUUACACGUGUUGCACCAAGUGGCGUUACUCGUUUCAAAGUUGGUGAUCAAGUUGUUGGUUUUGCAAGCCAUUCUUUAAGUUCACAUGUUACAACUCAUCAAAAUAAAAUUGUAUUAAAACCUGAAAAUAUUUCAUUCAAUGAAGCUGCUGCCGUUUGUGUAGUUUAUGCAACAAGUUAUUAUUCAAUUUUCCAUAUUGGUGCUUUUAUUGCCGAUAAAGAAUCAAUCCUAGUUCAUUCUGCAACUGGUGGUGUUGGUUUAGCAAGUUUAAAUCUUUUAAAAUGGAAGAGAAAUCAAUUGAAAAAACAUGGCAACUCUGAAAUUAGUAAUGAUGCUUCAAUUUAUGCUACAGUGGGUUCCAAAGAAAAAAUCGAUUAUUUACAAGAGAAAUAUGGUGAUUUAAUAACUGCAAUUUACAAUAGUAGAGAUACUGAAUAUUGCGAUGAAAUUAAACAACAAUCAGCACAAGGAGGUGUAGAUUUAAUUUUAAAUACACUCUCUGGUGAUUAUUUAUCUUCAAAUUUCCGUUCACUUUCCCAAGUUGGUAGAAUUAUGGAUUUAUCAGUCACUCAAUUGGUUGAAAAUGAUUCAUUAGAUUUUUCAAACUUUAAGUAUCAUGUUGGCUACAAUACAAUAGAUUUAGAUAGAGCUACGAAAUAUAAUUCAAAAAUUAUUAGAGAUAUCCUCACAGAAGUAUUUGAUGCAAUUUCUGAUGGUAGUCUUGAAAAUAUUCCAGUUAAAGUUUUCCCAGCAAUUCAAGUUAAAACUGCGAUUGAAUAUAUUAAUGAACGUGUUCAUAUUGGUAAAAUUGUAGUUGAUUUUGAAAACUUUGAACAAGAUAUUCUUAAACCAGCUUUACAAGAGAAAGAAAAUCCAAUUCAAUUGAAUAAAGUUAAAAAAUUGGAACAUACUUGUGAUACUUUAAAUAAUACAAUUUUAAUCACUGGUCAAACUGGUAUUGCUGUUCAUAUUUUAAAAUGGAUUAUUUCUGGUUCUGUUUUAAAUUCAAAUAAAUCACAACAACAAGUAACAGAUUUCAUAAUUUUAUCAAGAUCAUCAUUAAAAUGGGAACUUGAAAAUUUAAUUAAUCAAACUAAACAUAAAUAUGGUGAUAGAUUUAGAUUCCAUUAUAAAUCUGUAAAUAUUGCAGAUUUAAAUUCAACUCGUACUGCAAUUGAUCAAGUUUAUUCAAGUUGUAAAAAUGUUUCACCAAUUAAAUCAGUAUUACAUUUUGCAACAGUUUAUGAAUACAUUUUACCAGAAAAUAUCACUCAAACCGUAAUUGAUAAUACUCAUAAUCCAAAAGCAGUCGGUGCAAUUAAUUUACAUAAUCUUUCAAUUGAAAAAGAUUGGAAAUUAGAAAACUUUAUUCUCUUUUCAUCAAUUGGUGCCAUCAUUGGUGGUUCAAAACAAUGUGCAUAUAGUAGUGCUAAUUUAGUAUUGGAUUCAUUAUCAAACUAUAGAAAGAGUAUUGGUCUUGCUUCAACUUCAAUUAAUUGGGGUGGUUUGGAUGCUGGUGGUGUUGCCGCCACUGAUAAAUCAGUCGCAAGUUUCUUAGAGGGUCAAGGUAUUUUAUUGGUUUCUUUAUCAAAGAUUUUAGGUUGUCUUGAUUCAGUUUUCCAACCAUCUAAUUCCCAUUUAUCAAACUUUAUGCUUUCAAGUUUCAAUAUUGAUAAUCUUUUAUCUUCUGCACCUCAAAUGAAGAGAAAAAUGGAUCACCACCUAACAAAUUAUAAAACUUCAUCUGCUAGUUCUGAUGAUUCAUUGGGUGAUUCUGGUUCUACUCAAGCAAAAGUCAUUUCUACAAUCUCUGAAUUAUUAUCAAUUCAUCCAUCAAAAUUAAAUUUAGAUACAAGAUUAAAAGACUAUGGUAUUGAUUCUUUAUUAACAGUACAAUUAAAGAAUUGGAUAGAUAAAGAAUUUACAAAGAAUUUAUUCACUCAUUUACAAUUAUCAUCAAGUAGUAUUAAUAGUAUCAUUCAGAGAAUUAGUUCAAAAUCAACUUCAACAUCUACUCCCAAUCCAACUAACACCUCAAAACAAACCGCAACAAAAAAAACAUAA